AUGCGGAAAUUCACUUCUGGAAGCAAUGAAUGCACAAAGUGUUCGGAAGAUUACUGGUCAAAUUUGAUGAGGGAUGCCUGUUUUCCAAAGGAUAUAGACUUCCUUUCAUAUGAUGAUACUCUGGGUGCCUUGCUCGCCUCCACUGCUACUCUCUCUACUCUGACAGUAACUGUAGUUCUGUGCAUUUUCUUAAAACAUCGUAAUACACCAGUUGUGAAAGCUAACAACUGUAAUGUCAGUUAUUUCCUUAUCGUAACUCUUGGGUUUUGUUUUCUUACUGCUUUAUUGUUUAUUGGCUAUCCAAGGUAUGAGACUUGUAUUUUGCGACAAACUACAUUUGGAAUAUUUUUUUCACUGUGUGUCUCCUCCGUAUUGGCUAAAACCAUUGUAGUUGUUCUUGCCUUCAAAGCAACAAAACCAGACAGCAUGUUAAAGGCAUGGAUUGGCCCUAAGACACCCUACUAUAUAAUCAUCUUGUGUUCGGCAUUACAAGUGACAAUAUGUUCUGUAUGGCUGACAAGAUUCUCUCCAUUCCCAGAACUUAAUAAGAAAGCUUCAGGGAAGAUUAUAGCUGAAUGUAAUGAAGGAUCACUAAUUAUGUUCUACAGCAUGCUGGGAUAUCUGGGACUGUUAGCUGGUAUGAGUUUCGUUUUGGCCUUCUUUGCCAGGAAUUUGCCUGAUAGGUUUAAUGAAGCCAAAUAUAUCACAUUCAGUAUGAUUAUUUUUAUUACUGUUUGGUUGUCAUUCAUACCAGCUUAUCAUAGCACAAAGGGUAAGUUCAUGGUUGCAACAGAAAUAUUUGCCAUUCUUUCAUCUAGUGCUGCUAUACUCAUUUGCAUUUUUCUACCAAAAUGUUACAUUAUUCUUGUAAAAACUGACUUAAAUACAAAACAUAACUUAACAUGCAAGCAAAUCUGUAUUAUCAAACAUUAG